AUGGGUCUCUCCCAGUCUUCUGGCUCCCAGAGGCUGAGGCUGCAGAGGGGCAUCUCCUUUUCUCUUAGCCUUUGUUUUAAGCAGCAGCAGCAGCAGCAAUUGCACUGGAGCAGGAACCCACACGGAUGGAGGAAGCAGACCUGCAGCUUCAGGGAAGGAACCAACAGGCUUUCCUUUGGGGUCAGCAUGUACCCUGGUCAGCUUGGCUGGACUAUCUCCUUCCUCCUGAUACUCCACUUCACAUUUGGCUACCAGGACCUCACCUGCUAUACAGAUUAUAUCCAGACUCUGACGUGCAUCCUACAGGUGGAGCCCGGCCAUGCUGAGACCCCCCCUGACCUCACCAUUGAGUGGACUGAUGCCUAUGGGGAACUGGAGGAAUUCGUGACCUCUUGUAGCUUCUACCGAUCAACUCACAACCUCACUCAUAUGCAGUAUACAUGUCACAUGGAUGUGUAUAAAUUCAUGUCAGAUGAUGAAUUCAAUGUCACCAUCACAGACAAGGCAAACAACAGCUCAAGCAAGGGAAGACCCUUCAUCCUGUCUCAGAGCAUUAAGCCAUAUCCCCCUUUCAAUGUGACUGUAACCCAUUUUGGAGAUUAUAACAUUUCCUGGAAAACCCUCUAUGAAGAUCCUCUUUACUACCCAUUACAGAACAAGCUACAAUAUGAGCUACGCUACAAAAAACAACAAGACUCCUGGAAGACUCAGAAGACCAAGUUCAUAUCACCUGACUUGAAGUCAGUGUCACUCCUCUCCUCGGAAUUCCAGAAGGACUCAGUCUAUGAAAUACAAGUUCGAGCUCGGCCCCAGUCACCACUCUACAGUGGGAUCUGGAGUGAGUGGAGCAAUUCCACCUUUUUCAGGACACAACCAGUGGAAGAGAAAUCUAAAUCUUGGCUAUUCCCCAUCUCACUCCUCGUGGCCAUAUUUGCUUCUCUGGCUGGCUGGAAACUGACACAAAGGCUAUGGAAGAAGAUGUGGGUGCUGGUACCCAACCCCGCGUCCUUCUUUCAGCCCCUGUACUCAGCCCAUGAGGGCAACUUUAAGAGCUGGGUAGGAACAUCCUACAUUAUGAGCACCGUGGAUUUAUUUUACUGGAGAUCGAUGCACCCAGAAGUAUAUGACAGUUGCCUCACCAAAGAGAUUGAGCUGAUUGAUGCCCAUGGGCAAUCCAAGAUAGGCUACUGUGGAAUCCUCCCCCCUGGACCUUCCCAGACAGAAGUUGGACCCUUUACCUUUGGAUUUGGUGAGAGGAAUGACAAGUCCUAUGGCCAUGUGUCCCUUGACACAGUGAUGGUGGUUGGUGACAAGGAGUCUGGUCAGCUGCGCUGUGACUGCAGUCACCUAGCACAGGAUAGAGGUGGGGACUGUGAUGGAGAUAAUUACCCCAAGAUAAACCUUGAUGGUGAUCAACAUGAUGGGCAGGACUCUGGUGACCUGCUCUUAGGGAGAGAUGAUAGGAUCAUAUCCUCUGGUCAUGUCUCCAUGGAGAGCCCCGGGAGGAUCCCAGUCUGGCCAGAAGCCCCCAUUGGCAGUAUUUUGGAAGCCCUUUGCUUGCACCCUUCCGAGGCCUGGGAUCCAGGGAGCCCUAUUUCCCUGCCCUCACAGGAAGGGGAAGGUGCUCCCUUCAGCCAAGGACCUUACUCACUCUUCUCCUGCAGCUCAGAGAAAGAGGCCUUUGGCCAUCCACUGGCCAGCUUGGAUAUGGACACCUUUGACAGUGGCUUUGCUGGCUCUGACUGUGGCAGUCCCUUAGAGAGUGACUUCAUGGGGGGGAGUCCAGUGGAAAGGGAAGGCACCUCAACCUUAGCCACCAAUCAUGUUGAGGAUGACGCCCCAAGAAGUUACGUCAAACAGUGGGUGAUUUUUCCUCCUUCCCCAGGUCCCGGAUCACACAGUUAG